AUGGAUGAAACUGCUUUGUCCCUUGGAACAAUAGAUGUUUCCUAUUUUUCCACCUCAGCAGAGUGCAGUAUCAGUAGAUGUAAGCAUUCCAGUGAAGAAUGGGGAGAAUGUAACUCUAGGCCCACUCUCUUCUUCCGAUCUGCCACUUUAAAAUGGAAGGAGACUCUGUUGAGCAGAAAAAGGCCAUUCGUGGGACGAUGUUGCUACGUAUGCACUCCCCAGAGCCGGGAUAACUUCUUCAACGCUAGUAUUCCUUCUUUGGGUCUACGUAAUGUCAUAUAUAUCAAUGAAACACAUACGAGGUACAGAGGGUGGCUUGCAAGACGCCUUUGUUAUGUCCUUUUUGUGCAAGAGAGGGAUGUUCAUAAGGGUAUGUUUGCCAAGAAUCUGACAGAAAAUGUGCUGAAUAACAGCAGAGUCCAGAAGGCCAUUGUAGAUGAAGCUUCUGAACCAAGUGCUCCGGGUAGUUUUGCUCAGACGGAUCCUAAAGCUAUCAACAAAGUGAAGAAAAAAGCUAGGAAAAUUCUCCAGGAAAUGGUAGCAAAUGUGUCGCCUGCUUUAAUCCGGUUGACUGGCUGGGUGUUACUGAAGUUGUUUAACAGCUUUUUCUGGAAUAUUCAGAUCCACAGAGGUCAAAUAGAAAUGGUCAAAGCAGCAACAGAGAUGAAUUUGCCUCUUAUCUUCUUGCCCGUUCACAAAUCCCACAUUGACUACCUGCUCCUUACAUUCAUUCUUUUCUGCCAUAACAUCAAAGCACCCUACAUUGCUGCGGGGAACAAUCUCAACAUCCCCAUCUUCAGCACGUUGAUCCGCAAGCUGGGAGGAUUUUUCAUUCGUCGAAAGUUAGAUCAGAGUCCUGACGGUCGUAAGGACUUCCUCUACAGAGCUUUGCUCUAUGUGCACAUAGAAGAAUUGUUGAGGCAGCAGCAGUUUUUAGAAAUAUUCUUGGAAGGCACACGGUCUCGAAGUGGAAAGACAUCUGGAGCUAGAGCAGGUCUUUUAUCUGUGGUGGUGGAUGCUCUCUUCUCAAAUGCUACUCCUGACGUCCUAAUUAUACCUGUGGGAAUCUCCUAUGAUCGCAUAAUUGAAGGUCACUAUAACAGUGAACAGCUGGGCAAGCCUAAGAAGAAUGAAAGUCUUUGGAGUAUAGCUAGAGGAGUCUUCAGAAUGCUGCGGAAGAAUUAUGGGUGUGUCAGAGUAGAUUUUGCACAACCAUUUUCCUUAAAAGAAUAUGUAAACAGCCAAAGCCAAAAACCUGUGCCUGCUCCCCUUUCUUUGGAACAAGCUUUGUUACCAGCUAUCCUUCCGUCAAGACCUAAUGAUACUGUGGAUGAAGGUGCAGAGGCCUCACUGCCCAACUCCAGGGAUAUCACCAGUGAGCCCUUCAGAAGAGAGCUGAUAUCCAACUUGGCUGAGCAUAUUUUGUUCACUGCUAACAAGUCCUGUGCUGUGAUGUCUACCCACAUCGUUGCCUGUUUGCUGCUGUACAGACACAGGCAGGGAACUGACCUUUCCAGGUUGGUAGAAGAUUUCUUUUCCAUGAAGGAGGAGGUCUUAGCCCGUGACUUUGACUUGGGAUUUUCAGGGAACUCGGAUGAUGUUGUCAUGCAUGCCAUCCACUUGUUGGGGAACUGUGUAAAUAUCACAAACACUAGUCGAAACAAUGAGUUCUUCAUCACUCCCAGCACAACGAUACCUGCUGUCUUUGAACUCAACUUCUACAGCAACGGAGUACUUCAUGUAUUCAUUAAAGAGGCCAUUAUUGCCUGCAGUCUUCAUGCGGUUCAGAGUAGGAGGUACAGAAAUGGUACCAAUGGUGCUUCUCCCAGUUUGAUUAGUCAAGAACACCUGGUCCGAAAAGCUGCUAGCUUGUGUUACUUGCUUUCUAAUGAAUUUACUGUAUCUUUGCCUUGCCAGGUGAUAUAUCAAGUUUGCCAUGAAUCUGUGGAAAGGCUGAUACAAUACGGCAUUCUGCUGGUGGCCGAGCAGGAUGAUCAGGAGGAUGUUAGCCCCAGUCUUACAGAGCAGCAGUGGGAUAAAAAGCUCCCUGAACCAUUAUCUUGGAGAAGUGAUGAGGAAGAUGAAGACAGUGAUUUUGGAGAAGAGCAGAGAGAUUGCUACCUGAAGGUGAGCCAGUCUCAAGAGCACCAGCAGUACAUUACUUUCCUGCAGAGGUUAUUGGGACCUUUACUGGAGGCAUAUAGCUCUGCUGUCAUCUUCGUCCACAAUUUUAGUGGUCCUGUUUCAGAGUCUGAAUACCUUCAAAAGUUACACAGGCACUUAAUAAGCAGGACAGAGAAGAAUGUUGCUGUAUAUGCUGAGAGUGCUACCUACAGUCACGUGAAAAACGCAGUGAAGGUCUUUAAGGAAAUUGGGGUUUUUAAUCAGACGAAACAAAGAAGAGACACCAUAUUGGAACUAAGCACUACGUUCCUACCUCAGCGCAACAGGCAAAAACUACUGGAAUUCAUCAUGAGCUUCAUGGUAUUAUAGACCACAUAUAGCACCUUUGUCCAGGGACACGAAGACAGGUUUUGAGACUGUGUCAAGGCCUGGGGACGUUUGCUAAUCCUUCAAAGUGUAAGGUGCCACUGUCUGGGUAAGGCUGCCUCUGACUUGAACUACUGGAAGACAAGUGCCUUCUUAUGUAUUCAUUUAUGGGUUUCUUACAAUCCCAAUCCUGUUGUAAUACAGUGAUACUCAGAUGACACUUUGGAUACAAGUAAUUAAACAUGUUGCAAAAAAUAAGUGAUUAGAAUUAGAUUUAAAAUGAAGAGUGAAGUUUUAUCAGUGUUAUGUUUUAAAUCUACUUUUAAAGACUGUAACAGAUGCACAAAUACAUGUAUUUGUGAUCUGUAGCUAACCCUGAGAUCUUGAGUUUAGUGGCAACACAG